AUGGGGAUGGCCAAGCUGCGACUGCUGUGCGCCGCCGUGGCGCUGCUGUGUGCGGCACCGCCGGGGCGUCCCGGCGCCGUGCUGCCCGCGGGCGAGGGGGACGGGUACGGGGUGAAGCUGUGCGGCCGCGAGUUCAUCCGCGCCGUCAUCUUCACCUGCGGCGGGUCCCGCUGGAAGCGGCUCUCCCUGCUGGCGGCGGAGCCGGCGCCCGCGGCCGAUUCUGCACAAACAGCAAGUAACAAACUACUGGGAAGCUUCAAUCUGCAAUCAGUUUUGGAUCCUGAAGUGGAACAGCUGCGGAGAAGCAGCCCAUUUCUUGGAUGGGAGACAUUUAAGGACUUGUAUAGUUUAAAUUACUAUAAUGAAUAUGUACCUGUGGCAGGCGACUUAAAAAAACUUGUUCACCAGGUAGAAGAAGCUGUUCAGAAGGACAGGGGAGGAACAGGAAAUGCAAAUCCCAUGGAAUCAAGCAGCUACCUUUGGGCCAGGUAUCCCAGAAGAAAACGGGAGUCUCUGGGUUUGGCAGGAAUGUGUUGCAAAUGGGGCUGUACAAAAGCUGAAAUUAGUGCUAUAUGCAGAGUUUAAAAUUCUCUCUACAUUUAAUGCAUGAAAUCAGUGUCUGUUGCAGUACUACUUGAUUGAUUACUUCAUAGAGGAAGAAAACUGUUGCUGUAUUUUAUCUUAUCUAUAUGUGC